AAACAGUUAUGAACGAAUCGAGGAGGGUCGUGGAGAGCCAGGUGACCGGCGCCACAACCACGGUACCACCCGUGUCCCGGGCUCACAGUACGGUACCACCCACACCAGUACACCCUCCCCCGGGCUCACCGUAGCCCCUGUGACUGGUGCUCCCAGCAGCUGACUCUUCAACACGAGGGAGAAGCAGCCACCGUGAGUGACAAUGGGGCUGGGCUUGAGGAUGCUACUGAAGAGAGUUGGAGUGUUGAGGAACGUGUCAACACGGCUCCAUUCCACUGCAACCCCAAAGGAAGAAACCCAUGCUAGUCCUCUUGUUGGAGAUGAAGGAGCUGGCAAACACCUGAAGAUCACUGCACAAAACACUCGGAUUCCUCUUAUUGCUCCAGCAGUUGUAACAGACAUAAGACCAUUGUCUCCUACAGUGCACGGACUCACACUUAAAGUGGAUAACCCAAAUUUCACAUUCAAAGCUGGACAAUGGGUAGACAUGUUCAUCCCAGGCAUGGAGACAGUGGGAGGCUUUUCCAUGUACUCGUGCCCAACGCACCUAGCCGAGACACGGACCUUACAGCUUGGUAUAAAGUUCUCACGGUGGCCUCCUGCAUAUUGGGUGCAUGAUCAGUGCAAAAUAGGCUGUGAAGUUGCAAUACGUGCUGGGGGCGACUUCUAUUAUGCUCCUGAGAGUGGUGACACCUCGUACGACCUUCUGCUAGUGGGCGGCGGUGUCGGCAUAAAUCCUCUUGCAUCCAUGUUCCUCCAUGCCAUUAGCUUGCACCGUAUUCAUGAAGAAAAUAAAGAAGAAUAUCGUCCGGGAAGAAUUCUACUGCUAUAUUCGGCAAAGACAUAUGAGGAAUUACUCUAUAAAACGUUAUUAGACACCAUUUCGGCAAGAACUCCGGAGUGUGAGGUUCGUUACUUUACAACAAGAAAACCUCCACCGGAAUCAUCUUUUGUUACAUAUGGCCACAUAACGCAAGAAGUUUUGAAGGCUGCCGUUGAAUCUUUGGAUACGUCGUCAUUGAAAACAUUCAUCUGUGGACCGCCGCCUAUGAUUGAAAACAUAAAUGAACAUCUUUUAGCAUGUGGUCUGGAGACAGAAGAAUCUAAACAGCUUGUUCACCAAUGCUAGUGGAAUCUCUUAACAAAUGAGCUAAAGGAAAGUCUGAAGCAGUGGUCUUCGUUUCCCGAUGGGACAGAAACGGUUGGGCCCCGUUUCCUUUCACCCGAUGCCUUUGUUUGCCUAGCAGUAUAGAGGUACCCAGGAGUUCGACAAUUGCUGUGGGUUGCAUCCUAGGAAAGGUCAGUAGUUGGACCUCAAUAAGCUGGACUACAGGCUUUCUUUCCUGGACAACAAGAAUUAAGAGGAAACCCCAGAUUUAAGUGCAUUAGUGGAGAUCAAAAUAACUGCAGUGUUCCAUCAGAUGUGCCAAAUAGAAUAAAAUAAGAGACCUUGUAUAAAGCAAGCCUAAUUUACAAGGCAUUUUUGUGAUAAAAGCAAUUUCAGUAGAGUACAGUAUUUUCAAGUGACAUUGUGCAUGUAAAUAACAUACAGUACUGUACUCCUAUACUGUGUAUGUAAAUGUAAUAUACUGGUAUAUUGUACAAGUAAAUCAAAUGUAUUUGUAUAUUGUGCUUAUGAAUACAGUACAAUAUACUGGUAUAUUCGGUUUGUGAUUUACCAACAUGCUUCCUAUCCAUUGGCAAAUACAGUAUACUGUACAUGUUAGAUAAUGAAAUGUUAUACAGUGGACCAUUAUUUAUGACUGAACUACUGUAUAACAAAACUCAUGAUGAGUCGAGGCAUUUGGAUUGGGCUAGAGCUACACUGAUUUUCACCCCAUCCUUGUAUCCUUGUUCCUUGUCCCCCACGCCCCAUCCAAGUGCUGUAUGGUCAUACUGGCUUAGUGCUUUCUCCUCAUAAUUUAUUUUCCUUUCCUUGUGCUACAUCUAAGAUUAACUGGCUACAUCUAAGCCAAAAAUUGUGGGUGUUACUAACUUGAUAAAAAAAUACAUUACAGCUAAAUGAAAAUAAUAUUGACAAUGUACAGUACUGCCAUGGCUAGUGAAAGGAUCAGUCCUAACUUUCUACCUCUGUAGAUAUUGUUGUGUGUCGUGUGCGUGUUGUUUGAGCCGUGUGUGUCGGCUGCACUGCAAGAACUGGAAGAUACGGACAUGCCUAAUGCAUUUACUCUAUAUAGUACUGUAUUAAGUUUGUAGGAAAAAAUUGUAUAAAUUUGAUGUUAACAAUUCUUUGUCUGAUAAUUAGUACAGUAUUAAUCUGGACUAAAUAGUACAUGCAUGAUAGCAUGAAUUAUAUUUAAAUAAAUCAAUGUACAGUA